AUGCGACCAGGUGUAAAGAAAUCAGUUGUGUGGCGUUAUUUUGUAAAAAAUGCGGACAAAACUGUCAGUUGUAAUAUGUGUAAAAAACAAUUUAAAUAUUUCGGAGGUACAUCCAACUUAAAACAACAUUUAGAAAGAGUUCAUCCUAUUUCGUAUUUACAAAAUGAAAUAAUACCUUCAAGUGAUAGUAGUGCUGACGUGGUAGAGGUGAGUAAAGAAAAUACUGAAUCUCAGCCAUGUACUUCCCAGGCUAUUGUUAAAGACACCAUGAUUAAUAGUAAAAAUGUUGAGGUAAUUCCUACUAAACAGUUAAAACUGUUUGGAAGUAAACAGCAAAGUAACUUGUCAGAGAAGAAAGUUAGUGAAAUAGAUAAUGCUCUAAUUAAAAUGAUAACAAAGGAUUAUCAACCCUUAUCUGUAGUAGAAAAUGCAGGAUUUCUAGAAUAUUCUAAAGCUCUACAACCUCUAUACACUCCGCCAAGCCGCAAAAAAUUAACUUACGAUUUAUUACCGAAACAAUAUGAAGAAGCGACUUCAACUUUAAUAAAAAUUAUUAAUGAUGUAAAAUAUAUUUCCGUUACUACAGAUAUUUGGACAUCUGAUAGUAAUAAAGCCUAUAUAACAGUAACGGCCCAUUUUAUUUUUAAGAGUGUCCUACGCGCACAUGUUUUAUCCACGAGGGAACUACCAGGUUCACAUACGGGUGAAAAUAUAUCAUUAAUGUUGGGUGAUAUUUUUCAUCAUUGGAAAAUUGAAAAUAAAAUUAUAGCGGUUGUUUCAGAUAACGGGGCGAAUAUUAAAAGUGCUAUUUCGAAUUAUUUACAAAUUUUUCAUUUACCAUGUGUUGCUCAUACAUUGAAUUUAAUAGUGACAAAGAGUUUGACGGAUGUUGCAGAAUUAAAUGAUAUAUUAAAGAAAUGUAGGGCACUUGUGAACCAUUUUAAACAUAGUAGUCUGGCAUGUGAUAAACUUAGAUCCGUUCAAGAACAGAUGGGAUUACCUAAUUUAAAGGUGAAACAGGAGGUUGUUACAAGAUGGAAUUCUUGUUUCCAUAUGCUACAAAGACUUUUGGAAAUAAAGAACCCAUUGUGUGUUGCAGUAGCAAACUUAUCAAAACCACCUGAAUUUCUUAAUGCAGAUGACUGGGAAGUUAUUAAUGAUUGUAUAAAGGUGUUAAAACAAGCAGAUGAUAUAACAAGACUAUUAUCUAGUGAAAAUUACCCUACAGUGUCUUUGUUAAUACCAAUAAUUCGAGGAAUACAGUUUGCGCUACAAAAUACCACGGUUGUAACAAAUGUUGGAGAUUCUCUUAAAUUAAAAUUGUUACAAACAAUCCACCAACGUUUGGGUAGUUUUGAGUCAAGUAAAACUAUUGCCAAAGCUACAUUUCUUGACCCAAGAUUUAAAAAAGAUGGAUUCGGCAAUGAAGAGAACGCCAAUAAUGCAGAAAAGUGGGUGACCGACGAAAUUAAAUUAAUUCUAAGUAAAAAAACAGAGUCAACUGCUUCGCCUCAGUUGAAAACUAACUCAGAUCAGACAAAUCAACCCUCUACAGAAAAUCUAAAUAUAUGGACUCAUUUUGACAGAAAGGUAUCAGAAAAACGACAUUUUUCAAAUUCCACUACCACUGCCAUCAUUAUGAUCAGGCAGUAUUUAGAAUUGCCAUUACAAGAAAGGAACAAAGACCCUUUAGAAUUUUGGACAAAGCAUCAAAUACUUUUACCAGAAUUGUAUGAGUUGGCAGUGAAAUAUUUGUGUAUUCCUGGAACUUCUGUACCGUCUGAAAGAGUCUUUUCAAAAGCAGGACAAUUAUCAAACUUGAGAAGAAGUAGACUUUCCCCUAAAAAUUUGGAUCAAAUAAUUUUUUUAAAUUCUAACUGUUAA